UUGUAUCUCUUCUCUCAGCGUGUUUGCUUAAGUCCUGGUGUCGCAGGGAAAGUGCUUUCAGACAGAGAGUACCAGGCUAAAAACUGGAAGCAAUUUGUAUCUUUUCUUUGGAGUCAAGGCAGAGUCUGAGAGCAUCAGCAAACAAGCAUGACUCAGUGUCCUGUUUUGCUUGAUCAAUGGUGCUGUGUGGAUGGAAAUUGUUGUUCUGUAAGUGCAGUGGAACAGAAUAGCAAUUUAUCGUCACUCAAAUGUAUGAAAAUAUGGUGAGGAACCUGCUGCAGUUGGAGGCAACGCGCCCAGGGGAGCAACGGAGAAACCCCUGCCUGACCUCAUGACACCUUUGGCAAACACCAGAGGCUACAGCAUUCCAACACUUUCCAUUGAAAACAUGUCCAUGAAUAGCACAUUGGAACCACCGAGUAGACCCAGCGGAGGGGCCAUUCUCAUCCCGGCCAUAUAUUUCACCGUGUGUGCCAUUGGCCUCAGUGGUAACACGCUGGUCAUCCAUGUCAUCCUCCAUUAUGCCAAAAUGGAAUCCGUCACCAACCUCUACAUCCUGAACCUCGCCAUAGCCGACGAACUCUUCAUGAUUGGCCUGCCUUUCCUUGCCAUUCAGAACGCCUUGUCCUACUGGCCAUUCGGCUCACUCAUGUGCCGAUUGGUCAUGACAGUGGAUGGGAUCAACCAAUUCACCAGUAUCUUCUGCCUCACCGUCAUGAGCAUCGACAGGUACUUAGCUGUGGUCCACCCUGUGAAGUCCAUCAAAUGGCGCAAGCCGCACGUGGCCAAGGUCAUCAACGCAAUGGUCUGGGCCAUCUCCUUUGUGGUGGUUCUCCCAGUUGUCAUCUUUUCUGAUGUGAAGUUUGGCAUGCACACGUGCAACAUCAACUGGCCGGAGCCCAUUAUGGUCUGGUCCACGGCCUUCAUUAUUUACACGGCCACCUUAGGCUUCUUUGGCCCUCUGCUGGUCAUCUGCCUCUGCUACCUUCUCAUCGUAAUCAAGCUGAGGUCCUCUGGCAAGAAGGUGAGGGCCACCUCUACCAAGAGGAAGAAAUCCGAGCGGCGGGUGACCUGGAUGGUUGUCAUCGUGGUGGCGGUGUUCGUCUUCUGCUGGCUGCCGUUCUACGUGAUGAACAUAGUCAACCUGGUGUCCAGCAUGCCCUCGGAGCCCGCCUUGGUGGGUCUCUACUUCUUUGUGGUGGUGCUGUCGUAUGCCAACAGCUGUGCCAACCCUAUCAUCUACGGCUUCCUGUCGGACAACUUCAAGCAAGGUUUCCGCAAGAUCCUGUGCCGGGCCAGCCGGAAAGUGGAUAACAACAACAUGGGCAGCAGAGGGACGGGCAGCACCUACAUGGAGAUGCAACAUGUCAACAACAUCGCCCAGAGUGCCCCGGCCUGCCAGAACCUGCUGGGCGGGAGCUCAGAGCAGAAGGUACCCAAUGAAGUCCUACCGAACUCAACCAAAAAUGGGACCCUGGAGAUCAGUGACUUAUAAACCGUUGCUAACCACCGUCACUAUCCAUGUUGCUUUUUUUCCCCUGUUGUUGGAUAAAUCUGAAUUUAUUGAACCUUCUAGGCCAAUUGCCCCAAAAGAGAAAUCGCACUGGAGUUGAACAGGAGAUACUUGGAGAGAUUUCCUUGGCCCAUGUCUCAUUCCAAGGUGGUAGGUCUCAAGCAUUGGUACAAUUGGUCUUAGUGCCCCUAGCUUAAGGAAUGAGUUUGGGGCUGGUGGCCAAAUGUUAACCAGACCUUAACAGCCAAGGCCUUGUGUCUUGGCACAAGCUCAAGUGGCUGCCAAGAAGCUGGACAGGUAGCCAAUGGGCGUGAACCCAGCCCCAGGGCAGAAUCUCAUUGGAGGAGCUGGUGAUAGUGUCAGCAGUGAGGUUGAGUCCAAAUCUUCAGGAGGAUGAGGGAGAUGUAGGUGAUUGGAAGGAGGAGGCAAGGGGAGAAUUUGACUGCACAUGCAAGCCCUUGGACACUAGGAGGGCAAUUGGGAAACGAGGCAGACUAAUAUGGAGGAAGAGAUGGCAAUGAUCCCCAGCUCAUUUAAAUUCCUUCAAAAUACAUUUCACGAGCUUUGUCACCCAAUGAUAUCUGCAAUACUUUUUGCAGAUUAGGACCCGAAGAACUGAAUCAGUGGAUGUGUGUGGUAUAGCACAGUAUUUGCACUGUGCUGC